AUUUGUACCAGCGAAAACUUUGGUCAGCGGUGGCAGGUGAGGCCUCAAAUCUAAAGGGAGGUUAUAUCAAAAUGUUCAGCGUGCUUUGCUCUUUCAAAUGAUACCAAGUUUUUAUCGAUACAGAUUGCGAAUUAUUUUUACUGUUGAAUCAAAAAAUCCGAAUUUUCUCAAGAGGAAUAUCAGCUGACUGUUUAUCCCGACUCAGGCCUAAACUUUGUGAAAAAUGUCUUCGUCCAGUGACCUAAGUACCUCAGAAUAUGAUUCAGACGGGGAUCUAAGUGAAAGUAGCUCCGCUAGCUCUGAUGUUGUCAGUAGGCCGCGACCAAACGACAACGAAGACAGCUCUGAUGAAGAUAGGGAGGAUGAGCUUUCAGUUUCUUCCAAAAAGAAGCCUCCUUUGAAAAAACAACGAAGGCUCAUAGCCAGAAGGAAAACUUCAUCUCCAGUAAGGCAAGCAGCCUCAAGCUCAACAACAUUAGCUGAUUCAGACUGGAAAGAAGGUUAUCCAACUGAAGAUAAUUAUGUUCCAGAAUUAAAAUUCAUGCCAAAUAGAGUGCCAGGUAUUCAAGUUGACGCAAGGACCCGUGCAGGAAGAUUAUCCAUGCUUGCAAAUGAACUGUCCUUCUUCAUGUUAUUUUUUACAGAAGAAUUGAUUGGAAUGCUGUGUUCAUUUACCAACAAAUAUGCAUCAGCCCACAUUGCAGCAAACAGGUCUUAUCAAAAUUCUGAAUCUGGGUGGUCAGAGGUCUCUGUUGGGGAAUUCAAAAAUUUUAUCGCUUGCCUAAUUUUCAUGGGUCUGGUUGACCUAAAAAGACAGGAUUUAUACUGGUCAUCUGCCACAUUAUAUUCUGGUUCCUGGGCUAAAAGACUUGUUCCUUCUAGGAAGAGAUUUAGAGCCAUCAUGGCUUUCUUUCGUGGUAAUGACCCAGCUGGAGAGAAUAAGAAUGACAAGCUAAGGCAAGUUCGAUACAUUUAUGAACAUAUCCAGAAUAAAUGCAGAGAAUUGUUUCAGUGUGAUAGAGAAGUGGCUAUUGAUGAAAGAAUGGUGAAAUCAAAACAUAGGUCAGGCAUCAGGCAAUAUAAUAAAGACAAACCAACAAAAUGGGGGAUCAAAUUUUUUGUACUCGCAGAUUCAAAAACUGGCUAUACUUAUGCAUUUGAUGUAUAUCUUGGAAAACGCGGUACAAAACCAUCUGCAAUGGGUAUUGGAUAUGAUGUGGUUGUUGGGCUGAUGGCUGAUCUAACAGGGCAAGGCUAUAGAGUAUAUACAGAUAACUUUUAUACCUCUAUUCCCUUGCUCUGUGAGUUAAAAAAUAGAGGAAUACUAGGCUGUGGGGUGACUGCAGGAAAUAGAAAAUAUUUUCCAAAAGUAUUGAAGGACCGAAAGAUGUGGUCAAAGAAGGCACAAAGAGGGCACCAGAGAUGGAUGAGAGAAGAGAAUGAUGUUCUGAUACAGCAAUGGAAGGACAAUGCCUUAGUGACUCUGUUGUCAACCAUUCAUUCAGGAUCUGAGACAUCCACUUGCAAAAGAAGACAGAAAGAUUCAAAGACUGGUGUAUUUGAAGUAAAAGAAUUUCUCCAGCCAAAGGCAAUAGAAGAUUAUAACAAAAAUAUGAAAGGUGUUGACCAAUCAGAUCAACUCAUUGGUUCUUACAAUGUUUUAAGAAAGGUUAAAAAAUAUUGGAAAGUUUUUUUCUUUCAUUUGCUGGAUAUUGCAAUAGUCAACUCGUAUAUCCUGUUCGAGAAAUUUUGUAAAUCCCACCCUGAGAGAUCAGACUUGCAAAGAAAUAAGGACUAUGACCAGUUAAGCUACAGACAGGCAGUCAUAAGACAACUGGCUGAAAUAGAAAGUGGUGAAGCCCCUCCAGCAGCUGUAGGGAAUGUUUCUAUGUUUCCAUCUGGAGUUACCCACCUUCCGGUUUUCAGCGAAAGUCGUGGUCGUUGCAAAGUGUGUGCCCAUUAUGGUGACAAACAAGGAAGAUCCGAAAUAACAUGCAGUGGUUGUGAGGUACAUUUAUGUGUAAAGAAGAAAAGAAACUGUUUUUCAAUUUACCAUUCAAAGGGCUACAAAGGACCCAGAUGAAGAUUUAUGUUUAUAUGAUGGACGUUCACGAUUUUUCUUCUGUUUUGUUUAGUUAUAUUUAACUAUUUUUAGUCAAGAGUUCUUUCACUUUAGAGUCCUCCAGCUUUAAUUGAAGUCACAAGUAACAAUUUAAAGAGAGCACAAAUAUAUCAGUUCUUUAAAUUGAUUAUAGGGCUUCUUUAAUCUAUAAAUCACAUAUCUAUUAUUUCUAACACAAAAAGCGCUUGUAACAUAAAACCCCCAUAUUUCCCCUGCCCAUAUCCCCCCUAAAAAUUAAUUAAUCUGCUAAAGUAUGAUAUGAUUUGAAAAAUAUAUGUAUAUUGAAGUAUAAAAUUGAAUUAAAAGCCAUGCAGCAUUGACCCUGAUGAACUGGGAGGCCAAGAGAAAAAACUAGUAAUUUUGGGGGGCUUGUCCAAUAUCUCUCCCCCAAGCGCAAAUUUUUUAUUUAAUGCCCUAUUUUAAAAUUUAAAUUAUUUUCUAUUUUUCAAGCUUCAUAGACAUAUCCUGCAUGAAUAACCUGCACCUGUAUUUGCAUUUUUAAUUAUUUUUCAAAAUUUGACCAUUUUCUAGCAUAUUCCUCAAAUUUUACGUGCCAGAAAAGAGUUAACAUUGCAGAUGCCGACCCGACAUUGUUUGAAUGACUUUUGCAUUUUGUUUUUUCACACCAGCUGUUUUACAUAUCAUACAAAUAUUUGGAAACAACACACCUGAUAAUUUCCCCGACCGCUUUUGUCUCUUUGGCUCUGCUUGCUGCGUUGCUUCGCCUGAAUUCUUACGCUUUGCAACAGAAAUUGUGUUCGUGAAUUUUUGGUAACAUUGUCGAUGGUAACCAUGCUUUUCUGUAUCCAGAAUUUCUGGUAUAGAUUCACAUCGUACUUGAUGUAAAUAAGCACCUCCUAACACAUGCCUUCCAGCAAGUAACUGCGAAUAUGUGCUUUACUUAAGAUUGUCACUUUUCAAAUAGGAGUAGUGAACAACACAGUAAAGAGUCAUAGCCGACUUUAAAUAAAACCAUGCAAAUCAUAAGCUACAGAUACUGAUAAGUCACUUGGACGAAACUAGCCAGAUUACCGCAUUCAAAUGGGCUAAAAAAUUUAGGACUUCAGAAAAUACCUAUUGAUCAAGCAUACAUGACCAGCCAACAAGAUUCCAAGCGGGUAGAACACGAUAAAUAACACGUUUCUUCCUGUAAGGAAUUUUCACUUUGCUGUUACGUGAAGAAAAGCUCGAUUUACUCCCUCUCAGUUUUCUUUAAGUAGUUUUUUGCGUCAUAGUUUUUAUAUUGAUGUAAUAUCUAUUGUCUUAUCUUUCCAACGAGUAACGACUUGAUGAUGUGUUGCGAUGCCGGUUAUGUCAGAGAUAAGGGGAUAGAAAUCCAUUUUUGGAACUCACACGAUAUAUAGAUUCUUAUAGCAGAGCUUGACAAGAACAAUCAACUGUAAAGCAUGUGAAAUUGCGACUAUUCCUGGCUAAAUAUUUGCAUUUUAUCAUAAGUAGCUUCCAGAAUAAGGAAUUUGUGAGGGGGGGGGGUGCUAAAAAGAGACGAUUCGAGGGGUGAAUUGGAGAGAGGGUCUUACAGAAGGGGGCAAAAUAGAGCUCUAAAUCACAUCACAUAUAGCUAUCAACGCGAUAUGAAACCGAUCGAGCGACGAGAAGUUCUAGAGCCACAAAGAAUAACAAUAAGAUUCCAAGUCCAAGGGACAUCAGCAUGAUGAAAGAUUCAAGUUUUAUCAAAGUGUUUAAGCAGCCUAUGCAUUAGCAAAAAGCUGUCGAGCAGUCUUUGCUUAUUGUUUGUCAGAAAGAUUCACCGACCACUGGAAAGCCGAUUUUUCCCGCAAAAUCCUCACACCAAAAUCAUUUAACUCCUUUCUAUUGAUCCAAAGUUCCUGUGCGCUGUCCAAGAUACUAAGCACAGCACCUCCUUUCCAACAAACCGUUCUCGGGUCCAUAUCCUAAAAUAAAAAUUGGUCUGUGAUGCAAAAAUUUCGAUUAGUCUAUUUAAAAUUUGUUGAAAUGGCAAUAACUCUUCAGGUAAAUUCAAAGAUAAAAGAUGGAUAUGAGUCUUUCAAUAUGAACUUGUGUGCAGUGCGUAGCAGUGAGAAGUACUUCUGAGCAGUGAGUAGCCGAUACCUUUGGUCUUGUAAUAACUUCCAUCUGAUCUCUCAUAAAGUGAAAGGCGGUGGGAACUUGCGCCUGAACCCUUCGCAUCAAAAAGUUGUUGGCUCCUUUGAACAUCAUUCCACCUCCAACGAUCAAGAUUGUACUGUACAUCUUUCUCUUCGUUUCAUAGCUUCCUGGAAUAAUAAAGGAGAGAAUUUUGUGCCAAAAUAUAGAGGCAUAUUUGUAAAGAAUUUUUUGGGGGUACCGAAAAAAGCAAACAUUUUACAACAUAAUGGCUAAAAGCUUUUUCGUCUGACACUCCUCAGAGCAUAAAACGUCGGAACAAGGGUCUGAAAGAACACGAUGAAAAAUAUAUACCAAGUUGUGGAUCGAAAUAGGCCAAUCUGAUAAGCGCAAGCACAAGACCGAUAUAAACCCAGAUUGUGCAAAACUCUAUAUGAAGACAUGUUUCGGAUAUUUGGCAGAGCCCGAUCGUCCUUCCGUCUAGAAAUUUUGGAAUCGAUCUACAUACAAACGAAAAAGCCGCCAUUGUGUAGAUAAAAGGUUGAACAUGGAGUUAGUUUUCUCUCUUGGUCUUCAGUGGCAAUUUUUCUAUAGGCACGCAGCACUAAUUAUUGGUAAACUAUACCGGUCUUAUACUGGUCAACUAUAUACGUAAACACCAGUUCACCCGAACUAGGCCUUC